UGUUGUAGCUCAUCGGCUUUUUCAUCUUAUUUUUCUAAAACCGUGAUUAGAUCGUUUCGCCGCUGUCGAGAAUAAUUCGCGUAAUUAUGUGAUUGUUAUUAUUACUCGUAUUGUUAUUCAUAGAUAUUAGGAUAGGAAAGAUGCGGCUUGGCCGCAUUCUCGGUUUUUUAUUCGUUGCUCUAUUGUGUGUGUUAUCGGAAGCGCAAUGGCAGACUUUUGGAAGUGAUGGGAGAAGACAGAGUAACGCUUAUGAAAAUCUAGUCGACACUGAUGGCCGAAAUUUCGUCAAUUAUGAAGAAAAUCCAAAAUCUUCGCCUAACAAAACUCCAUGCGUAGGAAAAUGUUGGGCAGAAAAAGGAGCACGGGGACCGCAAGGUUUGACUGGCUUACCGGGUCCAGCCGGACCUCCAGGAUUUCCAGGAGGAGAGGGCUUACCAGGUUCGAAAGGAGAAAAGGGAAACCAAGGACAGAUAGGAUUUGUGGGUCCAAAAGGUGACAUGGGAAAAAUGGGAUCACCUGGAUUUACUGGAGCAAAUGGAAUUCCUGGUUUACCCGGAUCGCCCGGAGAUGACGGCUUGCCUGGUGCCAACGGAUGUAACGGCACAGAUGGUGAUAAAGGAGAUAGGGGGUUGCAAGGUCCACAAGGACCCCGCGGUUUUUCUGGAAUUCCGGGUGAUAGAGGUGAAAAAGGUGAACCCGCUUAUGUCAGCCCAUAUAGUAAAGGCCAGAAAGGAGAACCUGGUAGAGAAGGACUCCCAGGAACAUCAGGAUCUCCAGGUCCUCCAGGACCUACAGGACAAUUUGGUUUUAAAGGCGAUACUGGCCCUCCAGGGCGUCCAGGAUUACCUGGUCAGAAAGGAUCUACUGGAGAGAUGGGUAUAGGAUACGAAGGCGAUAGGGGUGAAAAAGGUGAAAAGGGUGAAAAAGGUCCGCCAGGAACAGUAAUUUAUGAACGUCCUCCGUUGGGGCCUAAUAACAUCACCCAAGUUAUACCUGUUAAAGGAGAUCAGGGACCAAAAGGAGAACCUGGGGAUGCAGGGGAAAGAGGAAUGAAAGGAGAAUGGGGGCCCCCUGGACCUCAAGGUGAAGCAGGUGAAGUUGGACCGAAAGGAGAAAAGGGAUUGCUAGGACCAUCUGGAGAACGGGGACGAGAUGGUUUAGCAGGACCACCUGGACCUUUUGGACAGAAAGGAGAUCGCGGAAAUGAUGGACUUAACGGUUUUCCCGGUAAUCCAGGACCCCAAGGAGAUCGUGGAUUAGAUGGACCUCCUGGACGAGUAGGCUUGCAAGGUCCUACUGGACCUCCUGGUGGCGGUGAAGGAGCGCCAGGACCUCCGGGGCCACCUGGACCCAGAGGAUACACCGGCGAACUUGGACCCAAAGGACGAGAUGGAUAUCCUGGACAACCGGGACAGCCAGGGCCACAAGGACGCCCCGGUGGUCCUGGAACACCUGGUGUCCCAGGAACCGAAGGACCUGCUGGAGAUAAGGGAGAAAAAGGAGAUGCUGGUAUUCCAGGAUUACCUGGAGAUACUGGAGCAGUAGGUUUUCCCGGAGGAAGAGGACCUCAAGGACCUGCUGGAAUUCCGGGUGAAAAAGGAUACAGCAUUCCUGGAGAACGUGGAAAUGAUGGCAUACCUGGUAGAGAUGGUGUGAAAGGAGAUAAGGGGAAUAUCGGUUAUAAAGGUGAACCAGGUGCCCCUGGCGAUGCGAUCAAUGGUACUCCUGGGUCCCCAGGUCUAAUGGGACCUCCUGGUGAAAAGGGACUGGAUGGAAGACCAGGAUUCCCCGGCAUAAAUGGGCCCAAGGGAGAUAAAGGAGAUAAAGGAGGCACAUGUAUCGGAUCUGUGAUUGGAGAUAAAGGUCAGAAGGGAGAACCGGGAUUUGCUGGAAACCCAGGCCCACAAGGGUUACAAGGUCCAUCGGGUAUAAAAGGUGAAAUGGGAUUACGAGGAUCGGAUGGAAACACUGGUCCAGCAGGUCCACCCGGAGAACCAGGAUCUCCUGGAAUCAUUGGGCGGCCUGGUCCUGAAGGACCCCGAGGAUUUGAUGCUAGGGUGGGAGAAAAUUUAGUAAGGGGUGAGCCGGGAGUCAAAGGUGAACCUGGGCCCAAAGGUAAAGAUGGCAUCCCUGGAACACCUGGGCCAAGAGGAGUGGAAGGAAGGAGAGGAGCGCUUGGAAUUUCUGGACCUCCGGGAGAAAAGGGUGACAGAGGAAACCCAGGUCUAGAUGGUAUUCCAGGUGCCCCUGGAAUUCCAGGAAUGAAAGGAGAUAAAGGUUACAGUCUUAAAGGUGAUAAAGGUUCAGAAGGUGUGAGAGGUUCUCCAGGAGAAAAAGGUGAACCUGGACUCAUUGGUGCGGUAGGAGAACCAGGUCAAUGUCAGGUACCAGAUAUUCGCAAAGGUAUCAAAGGAGAUCAAGGACCACAGGGAGACAAAGGAGAACCUGGCCCUAAAGGCAGAGAAGGUUUUCCAGGAGAUCAAGGACUGCAAGGAUUUAAGGGUGAACCUGGUCCAGUCGGUAUUCGAGGAUUACCAGGUCAAAUAGGUCCUCGUGGUUUACCUGGUGUCAGAGGAGAAAAAGGAGAACCAGGGCCAUUGGGUUUCCCUGGAGAACAAGGACCCGUAGGACCUCGAGGAUUCCCUGGAAUUCCAGCUGAGAAAGGUCAAAAAGGAGAAAUUGGAGUUUCAGUAGCAGGUCCACCAGGACCAUCUGGCCAGCCAGGAUUUAAAGGAGAAAGAGGACUGCCUGGACCCGCUGGAAAACCAGGAUCACCUGGAAUACCCGGCACUCCUGGUGUUAAUGGAGAUAAGGGAGAUGUGGGUAGUCAAGGUUUAUAUGGUUUACCUGGAAUUGAUGGACAAAAGGGCGAACCUGGACCAAUAGGACCACCAGGUCCCAAAGGUUUUGAUGGAUACCCUGGCGUAGCUGGCAGCAAAGGUGAUCGAGGAGUACCUGGUGAACGAGGUGAACAAGGGUUGCAAGGACCGCUUGGCCAAAAAGGAGAUCAGGGCAUACGUGGUUCAGAAGGUGCCAAAGGUUUCUCUGGACAGAAAGGAUUCCCUGGUGCACCUGGAUUACCUGGAAUGGAUGGAACACCUGGACCAAAGGGUGAUAAAGGAGACAAAGGAAUGCCUGGAUUAAUUGGUUUACAAGGAAGUGAUGGAUUGCCAGGACCGCGAGGCCCUCAAGGUUUCUUAGGCGAUAAAGGAUUCCCUGGUCCAUCAGGUCCACCUGGGCCUCCUGGUCCAAUAGGACCAAAAGGAGAUUAUGGUCCUCCCGGUUUCACGGGUCCAAAAGGAGAACCUGGCCUAGUUUCUGAGAAAGGUCAAAAAGGAGAAGCUGGUGUGCCAGGUUUGAGAGGCCCGCCAGGUAAUACUGGCAGAGACGGAGUUCCUGGCGCAAAAGGAGAGGCAGGUUAUCCAGGAUAUGGUCGCGUUGGGUUCCCAGGAGAGAAAGGAGACGCAGGUGUUCCAGGCAGAAAUGGCUUACCUGGACUGCAAGGGGAAAAGGGAAAUCGCGGAGUCGAUGGUUUCCCUGGAGAAAAAGGAGAUCAGGGUCCGCGCGGUCCAUCAGGAAUACCCGGAACCCCAGGAAUUGAUGCAUUAGCCUGCACCGACGGACUACUCGGAGCUCCUGGGCCAGCUGGUUAUUCUGGUCCGAAAGGCGAUCGUGGAUUCCCAGGAGUGCCAGGAUUGAAUGGCACUAAAGGAGAACGUGGUUACCCUGGUCCACCUGGUAUACAAGGAUUCCCUGGCCAGACGGGCGAAAAAGGAGACCGAGGUCCAGCCGCACCCAUAGUAAACAUCAAAGGAGAUAAGGGUGAACCUGGAAGACCAGGUGAUCAAUGUGAACCAGGUGAAGUAGGUCCAAGAGGUUCAAUUGGACCAAUCGGUGCACCAGGAGAAAAGGGAGAUACUGGUCCAGUUGGUCCUAUAGGAUAUACUGGAAUUGCUGGAAUUCCUGGAAGGAAAGGUGACACCGGACCUGCGGGACCACAGGGACCGCAAGGAUUCACUACAAAGGGAGAAAAAGGUUUACCUGGAUUGUCUGGCAAAACUGGUCGUCAAGGAGAGCCAGGAUUACGAGGAGAAAAAGGUGAUGUUGGCCAGCCUGGAUUACAAGGUCUACCAGGUCAGCAGGGUUCCCCAGGCCCAAUUGGACCAAAAGGAGAUACAGGUGAUGUAGGCCCGGCAGGAGCAUUAGGAAGACCAGGAACUGACGGUACUCCAGGAACCCCUGGUACCGAUGGACCCUCUGGACCUAAAGGUCAAAAAGGAGAACAAGGUCCGGCUGCACCUUUCGGCGCACCGGGUCAAAAAGGAGACCAAGGUCUACCAGGACCCCAAGGUUACCCAGGUGUAUCGGGCGAUAAAGGUGAUCGUGGAUUAACUGGCCAGAUUGGAACAACAGGAGGAGAUGGUCCGAAAGGUGAACCAGGUUUCCCUGGUGCAAAUGGCGUGCCUGGUUUACGAGGUAUUACAGGUGAAAAGGGUGAUCGAGGUGAGCCUGGAUACCCAGCUCCACAAGGACCUAAAGGAGAACUAGGACCGAAAGGUGAUAUUGGUCCACCUGGAGAGAAGGGUCUCCCAGGACGAGAUGGAACUCCAGGUAUACCUGGUGAGAGAGGAGAUGUUGGUUCGCCUGGAGUGAAUGGAUUACCUGGAAUUCAAGGACCACCAGGACCUAAGGGCGAUACAGGAAAACCGGGAUUGUCAGGUUUGCAGGGACCACCAGGAUCACCAGGACCUGUAGGAGACCCUGGUCAACCUUGUCUCCAACCAGAUGACUACUUGACCGGUAUUUUAUUAGUAAGGCACAGUCAGAGCGCUGAAAUACCCAGCUGUGAACCAGGUCAUACCAAAUUAUGGGAUGGAUACAGUCUUUUACACGUUGAAGGAAACGAAAAAGCUCAUACUCAAGAUCUGGGUGUUGCCGGCUCCUGUAUACGCAAGUUCAACACAAUGCCAUUCUUAUUCUGUGAUUUCAAUAAUGUUUGCAACUAUGCUAGUCGGAACGAUAAAUCAUUCUGGUUGAGCACUAACGAACCCCUACCAAUGAUGCCAAUCGAAGAAUAUAACAUACAGAAGUACAUUUCAAGAUGUGUUGUUUGCGAAGUGCCAUCAAAUGUCAUUGCAGUCCACAGUCAAUCAUUGAAUAUACCAGAUUGUCCAGCAGGAUGGGAAAGCCUCUGGAUAGGUUACAGUUUCGCUAUGCAUACUGCUGCCGGAGCUGAAGGAGGAGGUCAGUCAUUAGCUAGCCCAGGAUCAUGUCUAGAAGAUUUCAGAGCAACUCCAUUCAUCGAAUGUAACGGUGCUCGGGGCUCUUGCCACUACUACGCCAACGGUUUAAGUUUCUGGUUAGCAACCAUCGAAGAUGGAGAGCAAUUCACACUGCCUCAGAAACAAACUCUAAAGAAUAACGACCUUAGGUCACGUAUCAGUAGAUGCCAAGUUUGCAUCAAAAACUAGUCUGUAUUUAUUAUAAGUUCACUUAACUUAUUUAAGUAAAAUUUAUUUCGUGUUAUGUUACCGACCAGUCAUUUACGAAACCAAAAAUGACAUAAUCUUUAUACUCCUAAGUACAUUUUUUAUAUUUUGUAAAAUACUUAUUUCCAGUACCAGACUCUCAACAGGGUGCUUCGUGUUCAUAAUUUAAGCGUUAGAAACAAUUAUCGUUGGAUUUAUAUACAAAUUCACUGCCAUUAAAAAAAAAAAAAUACUCUGCUGCAUUUUUACAAAAGGCUCACUGAGGGCGAUGGGCAAAUGCCUUUUAGCUUCUGUUCAAGUUUUGCGCUGGAAAAUACGUAUUUUUUAUAGUUUUGUAACUAAUUAGUUGAUUUUUAUAAUUUUAUUCAUUUUAUUUAUGUGAAAUUUAAUCGCUGAUUUUAAGUCAGUCAGUAUAAAUGCCAUAGGCUUUGAAAUCAAAAAAAAAACAUUAUGGAUUAGGAUUUUUUUUUAAAAAAAGGUGUUUUUUAUGCAUUGAAAAAAGCCAAAUAUAUUUACGAAGUUAUUAUUUAUUUUUUUUGGAUUUUUUGGUUAAUUUACAAAACCAUUCCAUCAUUAGCAAUUCACUCAUGAAUCAAAUUUUUUUAGUGAUAUGCCUUUUAGUCUGAAAUUUUAUUGCAUUUAUUAUAUAAAUGUUGACGAUGUGAUUAUGUACAGUAAUUAAUUUUAAUUUCAUAGGUUAUUUAAUUAACAAAUUGUUAUAUGAUCUGUAAAUAUUUUGUUUCUAUUUGACUUGUAUUAUUUUCAAUUUAAUUAUGAAAUGAGUAAAUGUUUGAGUACAUUC